AAGUCAGUUAGCUUGGGAAAAUCAAUCCUAAAACCAAAAUGUCGGACGAUGAAAGAAAGCAGGAAAACAGAAAGCAUGUAGCGACUGAUCCAGAAAAGAACAGAAUUGCGCCAAAUGACGGAACAGAUUCUGGAAGAUCAUUAACGGGCUUUAGUCAGAAAGAUGAUGAACCCAGCGAGCCAUUAUCAUCUGUAAGUCUUAAGCAAGGUCCUAAGGUAGCACCAAAACCGAAAAAACCCGAGAUAAUAUCGUCAACUUCGCAUACUGGUAAAGAUGCAGUGCCCCAGAAAGAUGCAGACAAUGAAGAGCCCGGCUUUUCUAAGUCAUUUAGAAAAGAAUCUGUUCAAAUGCAGGCAAAUAGAAACAGUGCUGCAUCAAAAGGUGAAGAUCAAAAGAUAUUAAUAAAGACCGUACCCGGAAAAUCCCUCCUAAAAGAUUCUGACGAUGAAAAUGUGGAGACAUCUAGCCGUUCAAAAAAUUACCCAGUAGCAAAAAAAGGAUCUUCAACGAGGCGAGUUCGCGAGCCAUUUGACUCAUUUAAUAGGGAAAAGUACCUGGCAGAUUUGAUCGAUUAUGAUCGAUCGUCCGAAGAAAAGGAACCAGCUUCUGAACCAGACAGUACUCUUCGACGUCGUUUUCUCAGAAAUAAUGAAUUCAAUUCUACAUCAAGUCUGGAAUGUGAGGAGGAAGAGCUGGAUCUAGAUUCAGCUGGAUCUGCCACAAUGCGAGGAAGCUAUCGAAUGGCACAGAAUACCGGUGACGAUCGACCUGAAAUCCUAGCUGAAAUAAUUAAUAUGGGCAAGUUGAAGGAGCUUAAGGACCAACGCGAGUCAAAUAAAGGAUUUCUUAACAACCGUCGAGAUGAUAAGACCAUUGAUGAGGUGAAAGGUUCCAAGACCACAGGAACCAGUAGAAGCCAUGUGGAAGAAGUUAAAUAUAAGGACACCGCAAGUGAUGCUGAGGACAAUAAUGCAUUAGUAAAACACAUAGGCACAAUCACAAAAAUCUUUAGUAUUGCUCAAAGAGUGGAACAGAAGAAAAGCUCCAAAGAAAGUGAAGAAAGUAAGGACGAAACAAGUAACGAUGAAAUAAAUAAAGACGAAAUAAAUAAAGCCGAUGAACAAAAACCUUCCCCAGAACCAGAAGUCCAAUUGGAGGCAAAGAAAGCUUGGACUUUUCCGAUCACAGAUACAUCGCCAGAUAUCCCUGGAGAGGAUCAGCCCCUGCAAGAAUACCAAAUGGUUAAAAUUGGAAAAAGAAAUAGGAAGUUCAGGAAUAUAGGAAUAAAUACGGAUAUAAGCAGAAAAACCAAAAUCAAACCACUUCCCAGCAAGUCUGAAAGUGGUGACCUAGAAGCAUACCACGCCGAUGGAAGAUUGCGAGAUAUAGGGAUAUCUACUGAAUAUCAUCCAAAGCGGAAGAAAUAUAAACAAAGAAUAGAACCAGACGAUGUUCCUAUUGAUAUAGGACAAAGCGAUGAUCGGGUAAGGGAAGUUGGAGUGAAUACUAAAGUCCUGCCAAAAACCAUAGUUCCACCGAUUUCCGAAAUGCGUGAGCACAAAAGUGGUCAAUUAAGGGACGUUGGGGCCAACACAGAUAAGCCAUUUUGGCCAAUCGACGACGGCACCAAUGUGACCUACAUGAGACCGAUAAAAACCAAUAUGAACGAAUUGAAUAAACUGAUUGUGGAUCCACCACCGGAUAAUGGGCCCUACAAGAUGCCAACCAAAGAAGACAGUCGAGGUUACUACAAAGGCUGUGAAUAUCAUUUUCCUGGCAGAACUCAAUGGCGCAGGCUUUUCUACAAUAGAACCCAUGGAAUUUAUGAAUUACGCCGUCCAAGUCAUUGGUUCUACACACUAAUUUUCUCCGUUUUGUAUAUUGUCUUUGUCAUUCUUUUUUCGUUGGCCUGGUUCGAUUUAAUCAAAAAUGACGCACCCAGGAAGGCGCCCGUGAUGAAGAUGUCUCAACCAUAUAUAAGUUUCGCUCCUUUCGGUACACGAACAAGUACCAAUACGGUGUCAUUUGAUCCCAGAAACAGCACGGAAGUCAUGGAAAAGUAUGCUGGGAUAAUGGCUCUCCUGGAAAAAUAUGGAGACCAUGGCCAAAGCCCGCGUUUUGAAUCUUGUACAGCCGAUGAAAAGUUUGGAUAUCCCAGCGGCGAACCGUGUGUUUUUCUAAAAGUAAAUCGGAUUAUUGGAUUUAAGACCGAACCCUACAUCAAUUCCGAUGAGCUGGUCAGUGCUAAGAUCAACGAGGUUGAGUUUACGGCCCUAAAAAGGUUAUUGGAAAACACCACAUCACAGGAGGAUCGUCUAAAUCGCACUUGGAUUACUUGCCACACAGAUAAGGACGAUGUUUUAAUUGAAUUUCAUCCAGAGCCGGCGAUAAGAACGGAAUACACCGAUAUUGAAGAGAAAAUUGAGUAUGUCGCUGAUGAGGGUAAAAAGUCAUUCUUUGGCCCAAACGAUCUAAAUCGCAUAGUGGCUCUCAAGAUAAAAAAUCUAAAAGCAAACGAGCGUGUUCACAUUAAUUGCAAAAUGUGGGCUCGUAACAUCCAUCAUAAGAAGCAGGGUUAUGGUCAAGUUUCGUUUUUUGUGUUAUUGGCUACAAACGAAAACCGCGAAAGGGUGGAAAAAUUGCUCCGACAUGAUGACUCAUUAUAAAAAAUGUUUUUUUGUAUAUAAUUUUCCAAUUAAAUGGUAUAGUUUCAAUUGAUA